UAUUCAGAAUCUCAGAUUUCCCAGAAAAAUAUGAAUGCAGUAGCAGUUUUCCGUUCUCAUUCUGCCCUUCAGUUUCCCUCUUUCCUCUCGUUCAGCGGGCAGCCCAGCCUGGGAGGAAAACCCAUCUCUCUGAAAGAGAUUGCAGAUGGGCCUUUACUCUUUGACUCCCAAAAGGUUUUUCCUCGCUUAACUGUCUUAAGCAUAAGAUCUGAUGGGCAUAAAAGACACGGACCUCCAAGGAGAAGUUCGGAUUCAAGAAGAAGAAAGGAGGAUGAAAAUGAGACACCUCAAUCAUCUGAUGGUAAAAAGUCCAAAUCAUCUAACCAGGAAGAGAUAAUUGCUCUGUUCCGACGAAUUCAGUCCUCAAUCUCAAAGGGAGAGUCUCUAAGUACAAAGAAGAGAAAUUCCAACUUGUCUGAGGAUAAGCCCUCACCUGAAUCAAUUCUCGACGUUCUUCGCAAAUCAAGGAAGCAAGCGAAAGACAAAACUUCAGACAAGGAAGGUGAUAAGGUGUUGAUAAGAAGAAGAGGUGUGCCCCAGAAAGAGCAGGCAGUGCAGAACAGUCAACAGGUAGCAGACUUAAAGUCAACUCGGCCGCCAUCGGAAUUUGUGAAGAGAUCCCCAAUACCGUCUCCAUCAACCCCAAGAGGAAAGAUACUUGAGUUGAAUGGUGAAGCAUUGGCGGCUAGAGAUGGAAGCAAGGAGUUGAAUUUGCCGGGAAUAGAGGGAAUGAAACUAACAGAGCUUAAAGAAGUAGCAAAGUCUAGAGGAAUGAAGGGUUACUCAAAACUGAAGAAGAGUGAGCUCGUAGAGUUACUGAGGUCCUAAAACAAUGGGAAGUUUUCCUGAGAUGAGAAACAUAGAAUCCAACAGUUUGAAGUUACAAAGUACUGACAAAAGAAGGUGAUCUUUCUAGCGUUUGAUGUAUCAUUGAAGGUCCUCUGUUUUUUGUUUUCAUUUUCCUUGUUUGUUUGGUUUUCAUGACUUAUAAUUUUAGCUACAUGAACAGAUUCUAUUGUAACGAAAUUUCCUGUAGUUACAUGGUCUUAUGUGCAAAGUGCCAACGGUUCUGUUU